AUGGCCUUCCGUUUCAACUGGCCAGAAUUCGAUCAUGAAUUUUAUAUCGAAGCAAAAUCACAACUGGAAACUGCAAUGAAUAAAGGCAACAAGCCUUCUGUCAUCGUAGACCACAUCACAGUAAAGGAAUUACAUAUGGGCACACAGCCUCCAGAGUUAGAGAUACUCGAGAUUGGAGAGCUUGCUAAUGACAAGUUCCGGGGUAUUUUCAAGUUGAAUUACGCUGGCGAUGCUUACAUUGAGGUGCAAACUAAAGUCCAAGCAAAUCCCAUGCACGCCAAAGUCUCUGAAUUACCACGCCAUUCCCGUCCCAGCAUCCUUGCUGCUGAUCAGCCCUUGGUAGUGCCUAUGAUUCUUCGCAUCAGUGACCUCAAAUUGCGAGGCAUUGUCGUAUUGGUCGUAUCAAAGACCAAAGGAGUAACACUUGUAUUCAAAAACGACCCCUUGGAAAGCAUUCGCGUCAGCUCCACCUUUGAUAGCGUCUCGAUCCUCCGAGAUUUUUUGCAACGUCAGAUUGAAGCACAAUUACGAAACUUGCUCCAGGAAGAUUUACCGGUGAUGAUCCACAACUUGAGCUUACGAUACAUCCAAUCCGAAGAAGAAAAGAAAAAAUUGAAGGAGCAAGAAGAAAGACGAACCAAGUUAUUACAGCAGCAGCAACAAGAGCGAUUAUCUGUUUCUUCUGAACCUCCUUUUACGAUGCGUCGUGCAUUUUCAAGUUGGUCCAUGGCGAGCACGCCUUUCACUGCUCCACUGAUGCGUGCUAGAUCCAAUACCUAUUACAGCGAUGAUCUCACCAUGCCUGAACUUGAUGCAAACUAUCCUCUGACGCCUCGAUCGCAGCCUAGCAGCAUUUGUACACCCCUCACAGGCACAUUUGAUUUGAAUGAUGACUAUGCUUGCUAUGAUGACUAUUUGACUGUGAGCUCUACGACAACACCAACCUUUCCGAAUACUACGUACGAAAAGAGCGUUUCUCAGUUUGAUUUAGCAGGUGGCUGCAGGACAGCGCCCAUGACCGCCGCUAAUCUCUUUACGCACAAUCGUCAAUACAACAACAAUAGCAUCAAUCAAUUGGGUAUCAGUCCCUUAUUCCAUAAAGAAUACCAUCCCUUGACAGCCAUGAUGUACGCAGCACAACAACAAGAUACAUUAUCAGAAACGGGCCUAUCCACACCCUCCAUGGCCGAUAUCUACAGUGAAGCAGAUGCUCCCUGGUACGCUGUCGAGGGACCCGAAUUAGGCCCAUCGUACAUUGCACCUGCAGAGACUGAAUUUUUGGAUGAUAAAACCAUUAUUUUGAAGCCAUCAGACAACACGAUGGCAGCUAAAUUAUCGCUGCUGACAAGUGUCAACUAUACCUUAUCCCCUCUCACCGAGUCGAUAUCAAACUUUACUUUCCGUAGCCUGCCGCAUGUGAAAAAGUCAAACAGCACCCUAUUGCGCAACAAGAAAGUGCCAAAAAGACGUAUUACAAGACUGAAUAUGUCUGUGCCUCGCCUUUAA